AUGAACGGCGAGAAGCUAGAAGUGACCAGCUUCAAGUACUUGGGAGCAACCCUGCCCAAGCAUGGCACCAGCAGUAACGCUGAGGUCCGAAUAAGAAUCGCCAUUGCGACCGAAGCGAUGGCUAGACUGAGCAGGUUGUGGAAAAGCAGCUACACCAGUUUCCUCACCAGUGACCUUUUGCUGUUUUCGGGGCUCGUUUGCCUCGCGGCGCACACCGCAUGGGGACGUCUGAUGGAGAACACAGUUUCACCACCCAUAGACGAUCCUUCCCAGGAUAAGGAGGGCUCGGUUCUUUCGAGGGCCCAGAUGGAAGCGGCUUUGGACUCCAGUGUAACGGAUGCAGUCUCAGAAAUGGACGCCGCUCUUGCGCUUGAUAAAAGCGCGUUUGAUGCUGGUAUUGACCGGGUGGUUCCUGCAGCCACUGACCUUGUUGGUCCCCACUUGCUGACCACUUCCGCCGCGCUGGAGAUAGAAAAGCCCGGACAGGCGUUACUCCAGGUGGCCAAGUCCGCCAUCUCACGUCUCAAAAUCAAGGACCCUUCGGCGUUCUUCAGUGAAAGAAUUCCAUUUUCUGAUAUCGACAUAUCUUUGGAUCCCUUUCGGUGCCCGUACAGCCCGCCCACGUGCCCUUCCGGGGUUAAAUAUAGAACAGCAGACGGCUCCUGUAACAACUUGCUUAACCCUCUGUGGGGUCGCUCGCAGACACCCUUCGAGCGAUAUUUGUAUCCGGCAUAUGACGACGUAAUCUCGCAUCCCAGGACUAAAAGCGUGUUGGGGGGAGAUUUGCCAAACGUUCGCAAGAUCAGCCGCGACUUCCACACCAACCUGAUGAUCUUCCAGCCGAACAUGAACCACAUGACCAUGCAGUACGGGCAGUUCCUCAGCCAUGAUAUACAGUUCAACGCACUGUCUCAAGGCCAAUAUGGUUCCAAUAUAGAUUGCUGUGAAAGACCUGAUAGGUGA